AGGGUUCCGGAGCCCAUCGGGAGUCCUGAGGUCGCAGUGGGGGAGGGAAGGGGAAGGCUAGAGGCCACGCGGCGCGGGGACUGGGGGGGCUGGGGCCGCCCCUUCCGCAGGGACCCCGACCCCUGUUGGCAUCCGCCUGUCAGUUUGAGGCCGAAGCCCCUCUACGUACCCCCAUUGCCCGCCCAGACACCGCUCAGCCGCGUCCAAAUUCUCCCUUCCACACCUGAUCAGCAUCCCGGGACCUAUCUCCCUCCUGAACAGCCGCCCCCGGACCCAUCUCCCUCCCUACCGGGCCCCCGGGCCCAUCCCCCACUGGAACAGCAGCCCCCGACCCGUCUCCCUCCCUACAAGCUCCUCCUCCCCGCCCCAGGCCCAUCUCCCUUCUGAGCAGCCGCCCCCGACGCAUCCCCCACCCGAUCACCCCACCAUCCUCCACCCAACCAGCCGUCCCCAGCCGUCGUCGCUGCCCCUCCCCCGUAUUCCCAGUGCGCUGCCCUUGCACACUUCCCCAGCCCAUUUAUUAUGGAGCUCCUCCGUGUGGCAUCCUAAGCUCCCAACGCCCUCCCCACUGUAAACCCCCUUCUCAGAGCCAGAACCAUUCACUGACUGGCGCAGUGAACACGUCUUCUAUGUCACUAAGCAUCCGGCAUCAGCGGCAAAGCCCUUCUGCCCAUCCCCACAAUAGAAUUUGGGGCUCGGGCUGCAGAUCUCAGUGCCCAUGCCAGGUGAACCUGGCCCUUCCACAGGCACUGAGCCCUCCAAGUGACACUCUCACACACACACAUCCCCAACAUUAAUCCCAGACCCCCACCAAAGUAGACCUCUAGGACCCCAGGGCCAUCACAGCAUUGCCCGUGGGGGGGCCCAGAUCCUCCUCACCAGCCAUGUAGACCUCAGUCCCCUCCAUAUCAUCCCAGGCCCUCUUCAUCUUCCAGAAACAGCCCCCCAUCAGUCCAGGACUCUCAUCAGCUCAGGUACCCCCACAUUGGCCCAGGUGUUCCACAUCAGCCCCCACAUAGACCCCAGACACACCCAUGGACCUCUGGUGCCUUCUGCUAAGACCUCCUCUUUACCCUCAUCCCCGAUAAACUUAGCCUCUCCUCCCACAGACCUCAGCCCAGGACCCUGAAGGAUGCUGAGGGGCUACAGCCCCCCUCCCUAGAGUCUCCAGGGUGAGCUGCCAUGAGCACCUGAGAGAGUAUAAGGUCUGAGGCCCCAGGGCAAAAGGACUUCUUGAACCUGUGGAGCUUCAAAAUGGGCCCUCUUUUCUUAUUCAAAACUACAUAUAUAAAAGUGUGAAUACAACAUAAGAGAGCAUUUUUGCCUGUGGCCUCGGCAGGGAAGACCAAGGUGGUAGUUUCCCAAUCAGGGUGCAGGUGGCCAGGUACGCUGACUCGAAGAUGGCUGGCUGGGCACAGUUCCCGUGAGUUGCCUUUUCUGCCACCCUGCACAUCUCCUUUCUCCUGGAUUGUAAAACCAGAUGCACAAGAACUGCAGAGUGUAUGAAAAAUGCAGCAGAGGAUGAAGAGGGAAAAAUUCCGUGGAAUCCCUCCUUUUCACUUGUCAUAAGCAUUUGCCAUAUGGUUAAAAAUCCUUCCUAAAGAUGUCUUGUUUUGUUUUGUUUUUCCAUGUUGAUGAAGGUCACAUGGGAUCCCGACACCAUUUGGAGGAGAUUCAGAGAAGUAUGAACAGCACAAAGCACUUGGCCGCCCCCCGUGGGCGUCUUCCCAGGAGUCACUUUCUAUGACACUCAUGCAUCAUCCUGCAUCCCACGUUCCCUGUGCCUCAUGUCAUCUGUACAUCAUGUGUCUACUCCCCGUGGUCAUGUCAUGGUGUUGUGUACUGGGCACGGUUGAAUACUCCCAUCACAUGAUGGAGGAGGCCCCUGAUUGCUGAUUCUGCCCGCCUGCCACACCGGCUCUGUCCCGAGCCACUGGGACUCAGGAUCCAGUCCACACACACCCCUCAGAGGGGCCCUGUGGCCAGAGAAAUGCUCCCACGGCCCAAAGCCCCUGCCUCCCCCAGACGCCCCCAGACCCCAACCCCGAGUGAGCAGGACGCAGACCCUGGGCCAGCAAGCCCCAGGGACACCGAAGCCCAGCGUCUGCGCUUCCGGCAGUUCCAGUACCACGUGGCGGGCGGGCCGCACCUCGCGCUGGGCCAGCUCUGGACUCUGUGCCGCCAGUGGCUGAGGCCUGAGGCGCGCUCCAAGGAGCAGAUGCUGGAGCUGCUGGUGCUGGAGCAGUUCCUGGGCGCGCUGCCCAGCAAGAUGCGGACCUGGGUGCAGUCACAGGGCCCCCGAAGCUGCAGGGAGGCCGCCAGCCUGGUGGAGGACCUCACACAGAUGUGCCAGCAGGAAGUUCUGGUAUCUCUGGACUCGGUCGAACACCAGGACUGGAGUUUCGGUGAGGAGGAAGAUGGGAAGAGUCCAAGGUCCCAAAGAGAACCAUCGCAGGCGUCUGAGCUGAUUCUGGAUGCAGCGGCAGCAGCCCCAGCACUCCCUGAGGAAAGUGAGUGGCUGGAGACUACCCAGCUCCCACAGAGUCUGCACACCAGGGUGGAGGCCGAGGUGCCCCGUGCCCCUGGCUUGCUGGGGUCCCGGGCCCGCCUGCCUCUGAAGCCGAGUAUCUGGGACGAGCCUGAGGACCUUCUCACAGGGCCCUCCUCAGACCUGCGGGCAGAAGGGACUGUGAUCUCAGGCCCCAAGGGUCCGAGUGCUCAGAGAAUCAGUCCCCGAAGGAGAAACAGGAACACUGACCAGAGCGGCCGCCACCAGCCAUCCCUCAAGCACACCAAAGGUGGUACCCAAGAGGCUGUUGCAGGCAUCUCGGCAGCGCCGCGUCUGCCCCGAGGUGGGCGGCCCUUCCAGUGUGCCGACUGCGGGAUGGUCUUCACCUGGGUCACCCACUUCAUCGAGCACCAGAAGACCCAUCGCGAGGAAGGGCCCUUUCCAUGCCCCGAGUGUGGCAAGGUCUUCCUGCACAGCUCCGUCCUCACAGAGCAUGGCAAGAUCCACCUGCUGGAGCCACCCAGGAAGAAAGCCUCCCGGAGCAAGGGCCCCCGGGAUUCCGUCCCACCCAGGGAUGGAGCCCAGGGCCCAGUGGCCCCUCGCAGCCCCAAGAGACCCUUCCAGUGUAGCGUCUGCGGGAAGGCCUUCCCCUGGAUGGUCCACCUCAUUGACCACCAGAAGCUCCACACGGUCCACGGCCACAUGUGAAUGGCCAGCCUUGGGCCUCGGCCACCCAGCCCUGAGUCCCUUGGGGGAGCUGAUGGGCCCCAGAAGAUGGGGGACAUCCCCCAGCCCCACCAACCCCCCGGCCACCUUGGGACUCCUCUUGAAGGACACAGGCUGUUUCUCAGAAGAUCCUGGACAUCUGCUCUGAAGCCGAGCACGGGAUGGGGCUUCCCAGGAUCUCAGCUGAGAAGCAGCAGUUCCACAGCAUAGCCUGGUCAGUCCUGCACAUUGUUGUUUUGCAAGUGGCUUGAUGAGGAGUUUCAUUCGCGUCUCAUCUUUCAGAAGCCUUGUCCAGGUCUCCCUGUGAGCACCUGACUCAGCGGCAGAUUCUGCCGCUGGGUUUUCAUUUCACUGUGGAUAUCCCUGAGGCCAUGAGGGCGGGAGCCGGCCUGGGCAGCUCCAACUCCAGAAAGGGUACAGCUGACCCCGGCUGCCCUCCUGCCAGCUCAGCCCCCUUGGAACCUAACAGAUAAACAGGGUUUUGCUUUUUUCCUUUUUUGGGUAAAGUACAUGCAACAUAAAAUUUACCAUUUCAGUCAUUAAAAAUGAACAGUUCGGUGGCAUUAAGCACAUUCACAACACUGUGCAACUACCAGCACUCUCUAGCUCCAAAGACGUCUCACCCAGAAAGAGCCCACAGGCCUCAGCACGCCUUUGCCGUUCCUGCCUGCCCUGACGACCAGAAUCUGCUUCCUGUCUCUAUUUCAGGCGCAGUCGUUAGGCCUGCCCAAAACUGACCUGCCUAUAUUUUGUUUGACUUACAGAAGGAUUUUUUUUUAGAUAGACGCCAACAUUUGUUUAAACCAUAAAAAUCUGGCUUUCUGGUCUGCCAGGAAGAACCAGAUGGUUCCCAAAGAGUGGGUCCGCCUCUCCUGCUAGGCUGGAGCAGAGUGUGGGCAGGCGGUGACGUCACAGCGGGGAGCCAGCCUCGGACUCGGCUUCUCACCCGUCCCCAAUUCAUUGUUGUCGGACACUUGUCCCCUUUCAAGCAAAAGCCUUAAAAGUUUUUGCCUUUUUCUUUUUCUCCUCCCAACUUCACUUGGAAACACAGUGUUGGGCUGACUGUGAAUCCGCAC